UAUCGCAAUAAGAGUUUACUAAACGCAAAACUCACUGAUUGACUGAUAAAGUAAACCCUUUAUAUUUACCUGUUAAUAUUACCAAAAGCUACUUAAUUAUCAAUCAAUUUACUAGUAACAAUUAACUUAUACUCUUUGUUGAAACUUUAUUCAUUUAGAAUGAAAAAUAUUAUCAUUAUCGCUUUGUGUCUUAUUGGUGCAGCCAAUUGUUUUGUGCCCGGUGGUUUCUUCCCCGUGUCUAUAGAUGAUCCUCAGGUAGUUAAUUUAACCUCCAAGGCUGUUGAAUAUCACAAUCAAAUUUCCAACAGCGCUAAUUAUAAGAAAUUAGUUAGAAUUCAAAAUGCUCAAGCUCAAGUUGUCGCUGGAUCUAAUUAUGAGAUCACUUUUAUCGUUGGUUUCACCGAUUGUGCCAAGUCCAAUAUUACCGGAAAAACUUGUAAUUUAUCAGCAAACACAAUUCCAGAGGAAUGUACUUACAGAAUCUUAGUACCACUAAAUAACCAAGUUGAAAUCACCCGAGGCGAUUGUAAACUAACACAAGCACCAACCAUUGCACCCGUUUGAUAUUCUCGAUGAUAAACAGUUAAUCAAAUUACAUGUAAUUGAUAUUCUGAUACUUUAAGUGUAAUCAGAGUAAAUUUUCAAUAAUAAAGUUAAACUUUGCUCGUUGAAAUUACUUUGUUUUCAUUUUCUAUUAUAUAACUACAAACGUCCAUAUCAUGAUAUCGGUGAAAAUUGAAUUCUGAGCCAAUUCAGAUUGGAUGAAUUGUGAAAACUUUUCAACAAUUAAAGGAAAAUGAAGCGUCACAAUCAAAAUUUAAAUUAGAAACAAUUUCUACUCGGUUGCCUUGGUAACUAGAUUUUUCUGUUUGAAUUUAGUAAACAAACUUUGUUUAACAAAGUUAACUGUUAAUGUUUCCAUCUAAUCAUCAUCAUGACAGAAACAAUUAAAUUAGAUGUUAACAGGGCUUUAAUUGACCCAAAAUUUGAGACUUACUAUUUAGCUAAUCAAGAGGUUAAUCAACAAUCUAUUGAUUUGCCAAAUUCUGCCAGUGAAUUUACUUUACCCGAUAAACAACUUUACAGUUUCCUCCAUUUUUCCGCUUUUUCAAAUGAUUUCAAUUGUUUGUUCACUGAUCCUUUUAAUGGUCUACAAUCAGAGUGUUAUUAUGUUGACAAUCAACUUAAUGUCUUAAGUGUUGAAAUUGAUCAAUCGAGUAAUUUGAUUAAUCCACCGGUUUGUGUAUUCAAAGUACCAACCAACAAUUACCAAGCCAAUGAAUGUAUGGUAACAUUAUCAUUCCCAUCUGAAGAGUUUGUUUUGAUUCUGGUUUCUACAUGCUCAACUGUUGGUCAAGCUGAUGGACAUUUAUCCUUGUUGAUUGUUUCCACUGGCCACCGACAAAUACAGGCUCACAAUUGGACUGUUGUUAAAACAAUCAAUUUGUCCCAUGAAGCUUCAUUUGGAUUAUGCUGGAAGAAUGGAGAUCAAUUAGCCAAACAAUUAACUUGUCCUGCUAAAUUAAUUGACAGUAAUUUCCAUUCAAGAGAUGAUUCAGAUAAAUUGAAAGUGAUUAUCCUUACAGUUGAAAAAAAUGAUCAAGAAAAAUUUGAAUGUCGAUUGAAUUGUUUACAUUUAGCUAAUCAAAAGAUGGACACAAAUGGAUCAUCAAACUGGACAAUUGAGAGAUUUCAACAAUUAACUGGACCAUCUUACCCAUCAUAUAUCGGUGUUGAUACUGAUAAAAAUGGAGUAUUGUUCAUGACAAUUGUAUCUCCAAAUCCAUUCCGAUUAACAUUUGACUCUCUUGAUAAACCAGCAGCAAAUUGUGAUGGUCAAGAUGAGAUGGACAAAGACGAUGAGAGAGAAAAUAUUUAUUUCUAUUUUCAGGAUGAAAAAGAGUUAACAGUUAAUUUCAAAUUUCCUCUGGAUAUUCAAGUGAAACACAUAGAAGUUACUUUGGGAAUCGAUGAGAUUGAAAUUCGAGUAAAAGGAGAAACAGUCUUUAAGGAAACUCUUUGGGCACAAAUCGACAAAGAAUUAAGUUGCUGGAAAUAUGAAAGAUUGAGGAAAGAUGACAUUCCCAUUAUCGAAAUAUAUCUAAUCAAAAAGAAUAAGAAUCAAAUUUGGGAUCAGCUGUUUAAAGGAAAAGAACAAGGAUCUCAUUUACCAAUUGAAAGUGAACAAUUAAGAACGUUAGAAGGGUUGAAUUCAUUGAUUGUUCGCUACUCCGAGAUAAAUGAAUCAAGUGAUAUUCCUUCAAUCUUUGGUAAUGAACAAUGUGAUGAAGUUGCUGAAGAUUUAACUCUUUACCGUAUUAAUUGUCAUCGACAUAUUAUCACUCAUCAAUCUUAUCUUACUGGACAUCAAUGGUUAUUUAGUCGUAAACUGGACAAUCGUUUAUUACCCUGUUUCUCACUGCGACAUGAUGUUGAUGCUUGUAUUUGGCAACCAAAGGUUAAAGGAUCUCGAUUUCAUAUUGAACAUAUCGCUACAUUUUCAGCCUUGGGUUAUGUUCAAGCUUCCAAGGAAUCGAAAAGAUUUUUUAACUGUUCACUUGAUUUUGAUUAUUCUUUCAUUGUUGAUUCAAAUAAUCAUGUCUACAUUUACAAACAACCGGCUCCUUCCGAUGGAGUAGUUAACCGAAAGAAAGGUGUCAGACCUAAAAUCGCCAAACAAAAGGUCAUCAAUCUUGGACGCGAGUUAAUUCAAGUUCUAGGCUCAGUUGCAUUCAAAGAUCUUCUAUUGAUUCUUAGUCCCAAAAAGUUAAUUUCAAUCAAAAUCGAUUUCUGAUUUUAAUAAAGUUUCUCCUUGACAUUUCAAUGUACAGGGCGAGCACGUUAUAUUAA